GGCCGGCCAGUGCGGGGACGCGCGGUGCCGCCCAGGAGCGAGCCAGCGAGGGGCUAGCGGAGUCCCAGCGCCUGGUCGGCUGCGCGGGAUGCUGCCCUGGACGGCGCUCGGCCUGGCCCUGAGCCUGGCGCUGGCGUGGGCGCGCAGCGGCGCGGAACGCGGGCCCCAGGCAGCAGCCCCCCAGGGGGACCUGCUCUUUCUGUUGGACAGCUCAGCCAGCGUGACUCAUUAUGAGUUCUCCCGGGUCCGGGAGUUUCUGGGGCAGCUGGCAGCCCCCCUGCCCCUGGGCCCCGGGGCCGUGCGUGCCAGCCUGGUGCACGUCAGCAGCCGGCCCCACUCGGAGUUCCCCUUCGACCAGCACAGCUCAGGUGCCGCCGUCCAGGAUGCCAUCCUUGCCGCUGCCCAGCUCAUGGGCAACACCAACACGGGCCUGGCCUUGGCGUACGCCAAGGAGCAGCUGUUUGCUGAAGCCGCGGGGGCCCGGCCGGGGGUGCCCAAAGUGCUGGUGUGGGUGACCGACGGCGGCUCCAGCGACCCCGUGGGGCCCCCCAUGCAGGAGCUGAAGGACCGGGGCGUCACCGUCUUCAUCGUCAGCACGGGCCGGGGCAACCGCCUGGAGCUGUCCGCCGCCGCCUCGGCCCCCGCGGAGAAGCACCUGCACUUCGUGGACGUGGACGACCUGCCCAUCAUCGCCCGGGAGCUGAGGGGCUCCAUCCUCGACGCCAUGCAGCCUCGGCAGCAGCUCCACGCCUCUGAGGUCACGUCCAGCGGCUUCCGCCUGGCCUGGCCGCCCCUGCUGACCGCCGACUCGGGUUAUUACGUGUUGGAAGUGGCUCCCAGCGCGGAGCCGGCCGCCGCGCGUCGCCAGCAGCUGCCGGGCAACGCCACGGGCUGGGCCUGGGCCGGCCUGGACCCGGACACGGACUACCACGUGGCGCUGGUGCCCGAGUCCAACCUGCACCCCGUGAGGCCGCAGCACCUGCGCGUGCGCACGCUGCCGGAGGAGGCCGCGCCGGAGCGCAUCGUCAUCUCGCACGUGCGGCCGCACAGCCUGCGCGUGAGCUGGGCCCCGGCCGGCGCGCUCGGCUACCACGUGCAGGUCGGGCCGCUGCGGGGCGGCGCGGCGCAGCGCGUGGAGGUGCCCGCGGGCCGCAACAGCACCGCCCUGCAGGGCCUGGCGCCCGGCACCGCCUACCUGGUGACCGUGACGGCGGCCUUCCGCUCCGGCCGCGAGAGGGCGCUGUCCGCCAAGGCCUGCACCCCGGACAGCGAGCGCAGCCGCGCCCCGCGCCCCCCGCCGCCGCCGGGGCCCGGGGGCCGGGGGCCGUGACCCGGCCGCCCGCGCAGCCCAGGGCCCCUUCUCCCGACCCCGGUGGGGGAGGCGCCCACCGCCGAAACCAGGGUCUUGUCCCGGGGGCUUGGGGGUGCGGGCUCGGCCUUUGCGCGCGGCGACUCCGCGUGACCCCAAGUCCUCGUUCCGCGGCCGGAGCCCUCGGCUGCAGCUCUGGCGGUGGCGCUGGCCGCAGCGACCCCUCCCUGCCCGCCCCGCGCUGGACACUCGGGGUGCCCUUUGGGCUGGAGUCAGCGGGGAGAUGGAGGGGGAGUCUGGGCGCGGCCAGAACCAGAGGGCGGGGGGCCGGCCGGACCUCCCACUGUGUGAAGGGCCGGUGGUCCAGCUGGCCACUCAGGUCCGGGGUGUUGCUAGAAGGUGGAUGGGGGGCUGGGUCCGGCCAGGUCCCCACAAGGCUUCCAGGAGGAGACAGGAUCCGCAAAGGGCGGGGAAGAGUGUUUGGAGGUGCGGUCAGAGGUCAGCGGCUGGCGGGUUGACAGGUGCCCUAACCAGGAGGUCACCUGGCUGCAGGGGCAGGGGCAGGGCCCAGCACAGGGAGGCCCGAGCUGGCAUUCAGGACCCUGGAGGCAGCACUGGCAGGAGCCCCCUCUCGCUUCUGAUGGGGUCUUCCAUGCUGGGGGGCCAGCAAGGUCCCCCCGGGGAUGCACCCCAGCGAUGCUCUGCCUCUUCGGACAGCCCCCUCCUCAGUCAUUGCUCACUCUCGGGGGCCCCGGGUCCUCUGCCUCUUCCCCACUAACGUCCCACACCUUCAAGUACAGAUUAAACCGGAUGUAAA